ACCAGGCACGACAGUGGGCUCCGAGUCAACUGGCAUGACCGCUGGCACUGGGUCAGACAUUGGAUCGUCUGGCUGGACAGCGGGCAUCGGGUAACCCAGGCAUCAGGUCAUUUGGCUCAACAGCGGGCACCGCGUCAUCUGGCAAGGCAGUGGGCUCUGAGUCAACAGGCACGACAGUGGGCUCUGAGUCAAUUGGCACGACAGCGGGCACCGGGUCAUCAGGUACUGGAUUGUCUGGCUCGACAGCGGGCAUCGGGUCACCAGGCAUCAGGUCAUUUGGCUUGCCAGCGGGCACCGUGUCAUCUGGCAAGGCAGUGGGCACCGGUCACCAGGCAUUGGAUCGUCUGGCUCGACAGCGGGCAUCGGGUCACCAGGUAUGACAGCGGGCACUGGGUCACCAGGCAUCAGGUCAUUUGGCUCGCCAGCGGGCACCGCGUCAUCUGGCAAGGCAGUGGGCACCGAGUCACCAGGUAUGACAGCGGGCACCGGGUCAUCAGGUACCGGAUUGUCUGGCUCGACAGCGGG